UAUCUCAGUGAAAGAGCUCGUCUACCGCUUAAUUUCUGGUUCUGGGUCUUAAGUACUCCUCUGUUUCGAUGAAACGGUGCGUUUCGACACCUCAUUUUCUGAGUGACUCAGAAUUCUAAUCCUGACGAGGCUCGCUAAUUUAGGACCUUGUUUGGCUGGUUUUUGAACUUUUCUAUACUCAAAGAGUAGCAAUUCUCUGUCCAUGGCAACCUGUUCAGGUUUGAUUCGCCAACCCAUCCACGCCAAGCUACUACCAGUCCAUAAUAAGCAAUGUAAUGUGGGAAAAUUCAAUAAAUACAAUGCAAUUAAAGCUUCAUCCAAAAGGAUUCCAAGUGGGGUUAUUGAGUUUUCAUCCACAUGUGGAUUUUGCACCAUCCAUGCUGUGCCUGGUAGAAGGGAUAAUUACCAGUCCAAAUUUGAUGAUGACUUGGCUGAAGAACCUUUUUGGAUUACUCUGGUUAAAGAUACAUUGUGGGGGAUGAGAUCUUUAUUCUUUUUUCUGGUAGAGCAGCCUAGUCAACUCAAAUACAUAGAAUGGCCGGGUUUCCGUACCACGCUGAAGACUGCAACUUUGACGCUUGUUCUUGUAGCUCUGCUCAUCAUAGCACUUUCAUCAGUUGACUCUGCCCUCAGCUAUCUGUUGGCUUUGCUUCUAAGGAGAACCCCAUAAAACCAAAUGACACAGCAACAAGAAUGGUCUCCAUCUCAGACAUUACGAGUGCUCGGAAUUUUUGUCUCUCCAGCAUUACAUUCAUAGAUAUCUGCCUCUCAUGACUUGUUUAAUGACAACAUGCAAUCAUAAUUCUAAGUAAAGAAGUUGAUGGAUUUGAUAUGCUCUCUGUAUUUCAGAUAUGUGUAGGAUUUUCUUACCGAUUGAAAUCAAAGGAGAUGCCAAAGAUUUGAGAAAGAAAACUUUGCAUCAAGGUUUUAAAUUUCAAACGAAUUUUUUU